AUGUUCACCGGCAUAGUAGAAACCGUCGGUACCGUUCUAGCCACUAAGUCUGAACAUGGCGGUAGCACAAUCUUGACCAUCUCAGAGUGUGGCGCCGUUCUUGGUGAUGCUCAUGACGGCGACAGCAUUAGUAUCAAUGGCACAUGUCUCACCAUUACUUCCUUCACACCCGAACAAUUUGUAGUCAGUGUCUCACCUGAAACAUUGCGCCGAACAAAUCUCGGUAAUCUCAAGGAUCGCGGUCAUGUCAACCUCGAGCGCGCUGUAAGCGCAUCAACUCGUAUGGGUGGCCAUUUUGUCCAAGGUCAUGUGGAUACUACCGCGGAGAUCGUUACCGUCCAGCCUGAUGGUGACUGUCUGACUUUCAGGCUGAGGCCCAAGGACUCCGGUAUCUUGAGAUACAUCGUUGAGAAAGGUUAUGUCACGCUGGACGGUGCCAGCCUAACAAUAACCAAGGUCGAUGAUCUCGCGGGAAUUUUCGAUGUCAUGUUGAUUACAUACACGCAGGACAAGGUGGUCAUGAGUCAAAAGCAAUCUGGUGAACAUGUCAAUGUAGAGGUUGAUAUGGUUGGGAAAUAUGUCGAGAAAAGCGUGACAGGAUAUUUUGACGGCAUGGGAGACGGGUCAACUGGCGGAAAUGGCGUAUUGGAGAAGCUGGUGGCACGAAUCGUGGACGAGAGGCUAAAGAAAAAGGCUGAUUGA